AUGGCCCAAUCAGGACGGAACAGCGGCGGCGACCUCUUCGACCUGGCCAAAGACGGCACCAACGUUCCCAGCGACGCAGCCGAACCCAGACUCAUCCCCUCCAAAGCCCGUCCGGACCAGGUGGUGUCGCCGAGCGAUCCAAAUAACCUGGGUGCACGAUCGCUGCACGAAGCGGCGGACAACCAAGGAGACAUCCCCAGAACAACCAGAGAUACAGCAGUCAACGACAUCCUCACUGGAACCGGAGACUCGCUGCCCAGCCAGGUCGAUUCGAAGAGACUGCACGCCGUGCCUGGCGGUGUCACCGAGGACCCGUUCGCAAAGGGCUCCACGAGGAUGACCGCGCACAAGAAGAACCCCAGCGAUUUCGACAAGGGCGCGUCCGAGGGCCCGCGGACGGACAAGGCGCCCGGGCAAGAAGAGUUGAGCGACGACCAGGUCAUGGACCAGGUGGAGAGAAAGGAGGUCUGA